AGAUUGAUCGAAGAUUUAUAGUUCCUACAGGAUACCAUUUCAAUACUUACCCGGCCGGCAAUAUAGACUAGAGUGAAGAUAUAUUAAGCAGUUCUAGUGAGGCGGCAUUUAAAAUGAGAAGCAUCAUGCUAAAAAUAAAGAUAGACUCCCAUUUCCCCUCUAUAUACCGAUAUCGACUUUCUGGAUCCGCAGAAUACCUAGCCAAACAUUAUAGCCAAGGCCUGAAGUACGCUCAACUUCGCAACUCUCCUUAACUGACGAUCAGUUACUGUUUAGUCAUACUUCGAGAAGCUCUUACGAUGAGGUCACAUUGGAGUUCCGUACUGGCGGGCGCCGGAUUCCUUAUGCCGGUUUCUGCCCUGCUACGCUUUUCAUGCUCCCAGCUCGUCGUCGAACGUCUUGACCCUCUGGUCAACCCAGGCGUGGUCGGGUCUCCUCAUCUUCACCAAGUCAUCGGAGGGAAUUCUUUCAACGCAUCGAUGGACCCAAAGACCCUAGACAUCCCCGGUGAAGCUACCUGCACGACUUGUACCUUUGCUGAAGACUUCUCCAACUACUGGACUGCUGUCAUGUUCUUCCGCGCACGGAAUGGAACGUAUAAGCGUGUUCCGCAGAAGGGAAAUGUAUACUUCGAAGAGUCAAAUGGUGGCAUGACCAUUUACUACAUACCAAGCUACAAUAACACCAAAGUGACCGCGUUCAAACCUGGCUUCCGAAUGAUUACCGGCGAUCCUACUAUACGCACUAAAGAGGAGGCAGAGAGAUACCGUCAACUCACAUAUACCUGUCUUCAAGAUCCCAUGACACGAACGGGCGAAACACUUGAUAUGCCUAAAAAGCCAUGCCCCGCUGGUAUCAUGGCUAACCUACGUUUCCCAACUUGCUGGGAUGGUGUCAACUUGGACUCCCCGGACCACUCAAGCCACGUCUCGUAUCCUGAGAGUGGCACAUUCGAACAAGGAGGGCCAUGUCCUGCAAGUCAUCCUGUGAAGAUUCCCCAAUUGUUCUACGAAAUCGUAUGGGACACUACUCCAUUCAACGAUAAGUCCGAAUGGCCGGAAGACGGUUCCCAACCGUUCGUUUGGAGCUAUGGUGACGCCACGGGGUUCGGAAACCACGGUGAUUACAUGUUCGGUUGGAAAGGCAACGCGCUGCAAAUCGCUAUGGAUACGAACUGUAACGGUUUUCAGUGCCCAGAGUUGAAGUAUCAGAAUAUUGCCGAGGGGAACAAGUGUACGAAGAAGAGAGAUGUAAACGAAGAUGUUGAUGGCUGGCUUACUGAACUGCCGGGUGGUAUGCCAGUCACUGAUGCGAGCGGAAAAUCGAUUUUCUAAAGCCAUCUAUUGGUCGUUAAUGUAGAAUUACAUAUUUCGCUCCCUCUUCUGCUAUAACCGCAAUAUCAUAAAAUCUUUAUGACUCAAAAAGCUCGGAGAAAAAUCGCAAUAUGGUUUGCAUCUCUUUGUUGUCUACUAUGGUGCCCCGGAGAUGUUUCCGGAUGUGUUCAAUCAUUAUCAUUCGACAAUUAACUUGUAACAGUCCAAUUGUCUUAUACGUUCGGGUGCCAACAAAGG